AUUUCACUACUCUUGAAAAGAUUAUCGCUUAUGAUACCAGAUGUCUCUGUGCGAGAUUGAAUUUAUACAAUUAUGUAUCUUUCUUUUCUGACAAUUUUUUUAUCAGUGUCAAGUACAAGCUGGCAGUGAAGUCAAAUUUUGAUAUUUUAAAAUGAGUACGGUAGAUUGGGAUGAAGUUAAAAGAUUGGCCGCUGAUUUUCAAAAAGCGCAACUCAGUUCUACUCUUCAAAAGUUGUCAGAGCGUAACUGUAUAGAAAUCGUAACAAAGUUAAUAGAAAACAAGUUACUGGAUGUAAUAUUUACUAAUGACGGUAAAGAAUAUGUUACACCACAGCAUCUUGGGAGAGAAAUUAAAAAUGAGUUGUACAUUCAUGGUGGAAGAAUCAACUUGGUUGAUUUGGCACAAAUCCUUAAUGUUAAUUUAUCUCAAGUAUCGAAAGUGGCAUCUGAAAUAGAGAAGCACAGUAAAGGCCUUAAAAUAAUACUUGGUCAACUUGUUGAUAAAAGUUACAUGGAUAGAAUUGCCGAGGAAAUCAAUGACAAAUUAAUGCAACAUGGCUGUAUCAAUGUAACAGAACUUACAAUACAUUAUGAUCUGCCAGCUGAAUUUUUACAAUCAUUAAUAGAAAAAGAAUUGGGAAAGACAAUAUUUGGAAAACAAGACACACAAGAUAUUAAAGUUUUUUAUACAGAAAGUUUUAUAGCUAGAAACAAAGCUAAAGUAAGAGGAGCGUUAUCAGCUAUUACAAAACCCACACCAUUAUCUGCAAUUUUAGGACAAUGUUCUGUUUCAGAAAGAAUAUUCUUUUCAAUUUUAGACAGUUUACAAGAAAUGAAACAAAUUCCUGGUAUUAUAGCAGGAAAACAGGGAACAAAUAGUCUUUAUAUACCAACUAUAUAUUCCAAAAGUCAAAAUGAAUGGGUAGAUAAUUUUUAUAAACAGAAUGGUUAUUUAGAAUAUGAUGCACUCACUCGUCUUGGAAUAUCGGAUCCACCGAACUUCAUAAAACGUCAUUUUCCAAAUGAAAAUAUGAUCUUCUUAGACUCUGUUGCUAUUGGUAUCAAUAUUAUGGAUCAAGUUGACGCAAAUAUUGAAGAAGCUGUUGCCACUGGAUCAUUUAUUGAUAUCAGUCCCCUUCUACCAUCUGUAUUUACCGAUAAAGAUAUGGAAAUGCUUCUUAAAAUAGCAGAAAAAAAGAUGAACAACAAUACAUACAUAUUUGCAAAAACAGUAGUAAUAUCCGACGCAUUUUUACAAUCGUUAAGUAAAUCGUUUGAGACAAUUGCAGAGACAAAGGCGAGAGAAGCGGUAGCCAGCGGACAAUGGUUUCAAACGAUAGCAGAAAAUAGGAUUAAAUCUAAAUCGGUAGAUCUAAUACUUGAAAAUAGGGCAAAUAAAAAAGAAGAACGUCGAAAGAAAGCUACAAGUGGUAAAGCAGGUGGCGGUAGUCAGGGAAGAGAAACAAAAACGAAAACGACUAAAAAGAAAUAUUUACAAGGAAAAAAUCGUGAGAAUGAAUCUGAUGAUGAAAAUGUGAAAGUCAGUUCUGGAAAAAUAGAACUUAAAUUAGUUUCUCUAGAAGACAUAACGAAUGAAAUUAUGAAAGAUGACAAUUUAUCAGUAAUUGAUGAAUUAGUAGAAGAAUUGGCAUCAUAUUUGCAACCAAAAAUAAACAAUCACGCUAUACAUAUGGCAGAACAAUUAGCACAAAAUAACAAAACUACCAAUUUAAAUGUAGUUGAAGAACGUCUUAAUGUUUUAAUAACAAAUAUGAGAAUAUUUGACAAAGGUAUUAAGCAUAUGGAUAAGACAGAUCAGCCUGCUUUAACGAAGUAUCUACUAAAAUCUGUUGGUACAGAAUUUGUGAAUGAAUUGUUUAAGUUAGCUGCACAACAAAAUAUGCUUCAACUUUCGGACAAUAUUACCACAGAAACAAGACAAAAGAUGUUAUUAGAUGUGCCUGAAGAUGUCAAGGAACCUUUAAUGAAUGUACACAAAUCAAUUGCUGGAAAUUCCGUAGAUGAUUUCCUGAAUGUUGCAGAACCAGCAAUGGCAACUUGCUGUCUAGUAUUAAAAAAGUAUGAUAAAAAGAAAGAAAGACCCUUUAUUUUGGGUCAUAGGGAAGCUUUACUAGAAGAACUUAAUACUACACAGGAUCCUGCACUGGCACUACAUUUAGUCACGAGUAUAUUAUUUACUGGCGUAACACAGAAUGUUUUAUACAUGUCUGGAAGACAUGUGUCCACUGUUCUUUCAUUUCUUCAAAUACAUUUACUACCUUCAACAAUGGAGAUACUAUCUAAGUAUCAUGAUAUGGUACUAAAAAGUUUAACUUCCUCGGAUGAAGCUACAAAAUCUGAUAUUCAAAAGGAGUUAGAAGCUGGGUUGGUAGAAAUAAAAAAUAUUGCAAAUAAUUACAAACAACAUUUAAAACUUGAUAAACAAUAACAAUGAAUGUUUAUAA